AGCGCGGCGCACACAACAUAGCCAUCUUGUCAGGAGUGACUGAGGGAGGUAACGGGUGGUGCUGUUUAUAUUGUCGAUAUUUAAAAAACGCAAGGAAUUUAUCUGUGGUCUCUCUCGAAACUACACGGACAUACGAGUUUAGUGUCACUGCCAGGUGAAUUGAGGCUGGUAAAGUGAGGUGGUGCCGAAAACUGCUUUUGUGAAGAUGUCUCGUAUACUUGUACCGACGUAGGGGGAGUGUGCAGCAGCCAGUUGGCUUCAUUGCUAGCGUUAACCCAGUAAGUGGAGGGCUGUGGGCCCUCCUCAGCCUGAAGUAGCUCCUCUGGCUGGGGCCUUUGACAACAGCACAACCGGGACCCGAGACCGAUCCGGACUGACUCAGAGGUUUGGAUUAACCGUAGGGCGCUGCCGUUAAAAGUGAUCAAAGCCGCAUUGCUGGACUACACUCCCGGUUAUGAUCCCGUAAAACGCCACAGAAGAGCGACGGGUAAAGGGAUGGCGCAGAUUCAGCUGGACUUUAGUUAGCUGGUAAAGUAUUUUGUUCAACGUGCUGUUCAAUAUGAAUUAACGUUCUGCGAAGCUGCAACACAGCUCGUCUCUUUUGACGGAGGAUAAAUAUAGCCAUACGAGACUUGGAAACAGACCGCCAGUAUGUCGAAAAUGCCGGCCAAGAAAAAGAGCUGUUUUCAGAUCACGAGUGUCACCCAGGCCCAGGUGGCGGCCAUAGGAGCCGCAGACGACACGGAGAGCCUGGACGACCCAGACGAGUCGAGAGCUGAGGACGUGUCUUCGGAAAUCUACGACAUGUCACGAGCGGAGUAUGAGCCCGCCAGUGAUAGAAGUCCAUCUGAAGAAGCCCAGAAUAAUGUGGUGGAGGUAGAGGCACCAGCAAACAUACCUCAAGCGAGUCAGCUGUCAAACAAAGUGUCCAAUCAAAGUGGCCAGCUGCAGGCAGGGCUUUCAACGGGGCCACCCGUCGCCCCUCAGCAGCAGGCAGGCUCUGUGUCUCUGAACACAUCACAGACCGUGUCCAGCUCAGCUCCUGCUGCCUCUGGCUCCACUGUGAGCUGCACAUCACGCUUCAGAGUCAUAAAACUUGACCAUGGUACUGGGGAACCGUUUCGAAGAGGCAGGUGGACUUGCACAGAGUUUUAUGACAAAGAGCCUGAGAGCUCAGUGGGAAAGACUGGAGAUAGCUUACGACAUGCCAGUACUACACUGGACCCCAGUGGAGAGCGAGACAGUGGACUGGGCCACACAGUGGGCUCAGCAGCAGACACAGCGGUGUCUUCAGCCCGCAUCAUAUCUGUGGAGACAUUACCCACACAAUCAGUCCAGCACACAGGCUUCAGCGUCCGUCAGCAGAGCCUUAGUGGCACACAGAGUGCCUUCUCCAACAGCAAACCAACUGGUGUCCAGCCUCUGCAGUCCAGCACUGGAGGCCUCCCACCACCUCAGGCUGUGCUGCCUGUGGGACAGAAUGGGCUGCCUCAACCCGGUGUUCACUUACACAAGUCACCUGUCAUGCCCCCUUCUUACCCUGCACAGCAGCAUCUUCCCAUGGGCCACCUCCUGACAGGUCAGCCUGCGGCUCUGGGACAGAGCCAGUCAGAGUACUAUCAGCCCCCAGGCCCAGGUGUCCUUUCUGCUGGCCAAGGAGCUUCCUCAGUGAUGCCUGGAGCCACUGCUGGAGUUUCUGUGCCCAGUCAAAUUGGGGAUAUUGGGGGUUCUUUGCCUACAGGACCACCUCUUCCGCAGCAGCCAGUAGGAAAUGUUCCUGUUUCCUUAUUGGUUAGUGGGUCUACUCUACAGACUCAGUACAUUGCAGCAGGCCAGCCUCCACUACAUGGUGCAACACCAUCCAGCAUACAGAAUGUGCCUGCCAAUGCAGUGAGCUCCAGUGUGCCCAGCACCAUGCCCACUGCUGUGCCCAGUGCCUCCAGUGCAGUCAUGCCAAAUGUGACCAGCUCUGCGUUGCCCCCAGCUCCAUUUAAGACAGCAGUGGUGCAGGGGAUCCCAGCAGCAGGAUUGGGACAAGUGGAGGUUAUGAGUGGAAGAAAGUCUGAGGUUCCUCAUGUGCCUGGGAAGGAGCCAGUGAAACCUCUGACUGACGCCCUACAACUCUCCACACCCACCGUCAACAGCCUGUUUGGGAUCCACAUACCUGUGGAUGGGGAUGAGGACAGGAACCCCUCCAAGGCUUUCUACCAGGCCUUCCAGUCUGGCAGCAGAUUAAGAGAUUCAAAGGCCCUCAGUGAUAGUGCCUCGGGAACCAAUGUUGUUGCCAUUGACAAUAAAAUUGAACAGGCAAUGGACCUAGUGAAAAGCCAUCUGAUGUAUGCAGUGCGUGAAGAAGUGGAGGUCUUAAAGGAGCAGAUCAAGGAGCUGUUUGAGAGGAACUCUGUUUUAGAGAGGGAGAACGCAGUGUUGAAGUCCUUGGCCAACACUGAGCAGCUGUCACAGCUGUCUGCACAGACCAGCUCCACGCCUCCUCAGCCUGCGCUCCUUCCUCCCAACCCCCCUGUCCAGACUCCGCUUGACCCCAGCCAACAACUGCAACCCAACGUCACCUCAGCUUGAAGCGCAAUUCAAAACUACAAGCAGCGUUUCCUGACAACCUAUUACAGUUAGUGUAUGUGAAAAUUCAAAGAAGAGAAAACUUUGUCUUCUUAGCCACCAGCUUGACCACAGAGUACAGUGUACAUUUGUGUGUGUGCGUGCCAGGCCGAGUUGGCGACAGCGACUGUGAAUUGGUGUUGAAUGUCUGUGCAUCUGUACUGUGGGCCUAUCCAGUGUUAAUGCAAUCACAAAGUUUAUAGAGGUGAUAAUCAGGGUGGUCUUGGUUUGUUAGAGUUGGCUACAGUAUGUGUUCACAUUGACUAACUGCUGGGUCCAAGCUUGCAAUGAUAUGCCUUGAAUUGAAGGCAUCUCUGACACCUGCUCUAGAACAUGAACAGGUGCGCUUUACCUCCCCUAAGGGACAAAUAGUGUGAUUGUCAAAAGAGAGCGUUAUUUUUUUAAUGAAAUAAUCUGAGUGGGUUAAGGGGUAUUUUAGCCUUGCUGUUUCAUGUUAAAGAAGUGGGAGAGAAUGGAGAUAUACCGCUGCCGUUACUUUUACAUUAAGUCCAACCUUUGCAUCAGUCUUUGAGUUCUACUGUUAAGUGUUUUAUUUAUUACAGGGCUGCUAUUUCCAUAAAUGAACAAUUUCUUCAAACCUGUUAAACUGAGUCUCUCUCUUUUACAGUGUUUUUGUUUUACAUCCCUGGGGCAAUUCUUAAAGGCAAACAUAAAUCCUGACAAAUGGAUAAACACUACUCAAAUUUAUGCUGCAAUUCCCAAUUCAAAAGUCAAGUCCAGAUUUAUGAAUGUAAUAAGUAUUAAGAGCCUUGAUGAGUAAUUCUUCGUCUACUGACAUUAAUGCAAUGUUUACACGGCAACCAUUUUUCACAAAUUCGCAAUGUUUUUUUUUUUUUUUUUUAUCGUAUUCGCAUCUUUUACAGGACACCAAACUCCGCGUUGAAUCAGUGCUCCUUUUGAAAACCCUGAAAAGAUUUAAUUUAGGACGGAGAUCAUAAUUACUGGGCAGACCGGUUCUCUCAAGGGGAGGGCAGCGCAGCUCCAAUCUGUGCAUUUGUGAUUCGCUGUCUGCGUGCAGUUCACAGCCGACAAGCGAUUGUAAAUUACAACACUUUUAGGUCUCAUACAUUUAUAUUUACUCAAGAAACCGGUAGUGAAAUAUAUUACUUUUACGUAGGGGAAAUGUCCCAGAGAAGCACAAAAUCUACAAGUUACCCCUAAAUUGUAAACAGGAAGUAGGAUUUCCUCUGCGGUACGGUGCAGUGCGUCAGUAAGGAGAAUAGCGCCCUAUGCUGGACAAAAACGCAUACUGCUGCUUUUCAUACAUAAAGCUUGUUUUCGCUGAUCAAAUUGAGGGUGAAUGCAGAUUUUCCGACCUGCGUUGCCGUGUAAACAGGGCCUAAAACUAGGAUAAACAUCUAAUAUGUCAAAUCUGAUUUCUCUUAGUAUCAUUUAUUGUAUUUCGAUGUUUUUCCUGAAGGGGGCCAGGGGGAAAAGCUGUGAAAUCAUUCAACCUACUUUGUAACCAAAGAUGCAAAGCUGUGUAAAUUGAUUCAUUUUAAAAUGCACACAUUUUGUUACUUUCUCCUCCACAGAAUAUUUUGUUGCUGUUUGGCAUGUUCUGCAUGAUCUGUAAUUUUCAACCACUUUCUUACCUCAUUUUUACUCAGCACUCUUAUUGUAAGAUAGUCUGUGAACAGUGUAACGGGGAAAGCUACAGCAUUGGCAAGAGAAAAAAUAACCUAGUGUUACUGACACUAGUCACAGAAAAUGAAGUGAGCCAUGUUUGUUCAUUCAAAGGUGUUUGAAUUUCAUAUGCCAAUAGUUUUGUUACAUUGCAAAUUUUAAUGUAUUUAAAAUAAAAGCAAUAUUCAGAUUCCAAAUCUGCUGGA